UCCUCCCGCAGCGGAGGGCAGGGCGCGGGCGGGACGGCGGCGGCGCGGCUCGGCUGGGGCCCGACGCGGGCCUGCGGGGCGGCCGAGGAGCUCGCGGAGCAGGCAGGUGGGUGGCCGCCGCGCCGCUCGGGGCCGGAGGGCCAGGUUGGCGGGAAGAGCCCCCGGAGCCCCGCUGGCGGCGGCUUUCCCGAGAGGGCCGGGCUCCGCGCCUGCCUCUCGUCUCCCUCCUCUGUGGAGCCCGCCGGAGAGCGGGCCGGCGACGUGAGCUAAGCGCCGGGCUGGCGGCUCGUCCGCGGGGCAGGGCGGAGGACGGGGAGCCCGGCCCAGCGGGGCUGCUGCCAGCCUCCCGGGCAGCGUGAGGAGAAGCGAAGCUGCAGCCCUGGAGGCGUCCUUGCGCCGGGAGCCGCUCUGGGCCUGCAGGCUGAGGCUGAGCUCCGGCGCGGGCUUGUGCCUAGAGAGCGCCACUCCCCGCUGCAGGACCAGGCCGGGCCCUGGCCAUGGGGUGCUGCCGCCUCUGCCAUGGCAAGUUUUCCUCACGGAGUCUCCGCAGCAUCUCUGGCAGGGACCCUGGGGAGAGCGUGGAGAGCCCGCCUGCGGGGGAGCGGGCGUUCGUCAGGGACUUCCAGCGCCUGCUGGGGGUGCCCGUCCUCCAGGACCCCGCGCUCUCGCCGUUUGUCUGCAAGAACUGUCACGCUCAGUUCUACCAGUGCCAUGGCGUCCUCAGGGCCUUCCUGCAGAGGGUCAACGUCUCUCCCGUGGGACAGCGGAAGCCGGGCGGAGAGGAUGGUGCCCAGCCGCAGACAGCUGCAGAGAAGGGCGUGUGUCUGGCGGACUCUAUCACGGCAAGCCGCGAGUGUCUGCGUGGCCUGGUGGGCUGGGUGCACAGGCAUGCAGCCAGCUGCGAGUCCCUGCCCGGCUUGCAGAGGACGCUCUCCUCUGAGUACUGUGGAGUCGUCCAGGCCUUGUGGGGCUGUGGCCAGGGCCACAACUACACCAUGGACACGGACACAGGCUGCGGGGCCCUCUUGUUGGACAGCACGCUGGCCGUCAAGUGGGAGUGGGACAAGGAGAUGGCCCCGAGGCUCCCCCAGAAGAGGGGCACCUCCCCUGCUGGGGUCGCCCCGCAGGAUGCCCCAGGCAGAGGGACCCCAGCUGGGGCUGAGACCACGCCGCUGCCUGGCCUAGACACGGCCCAGCCUUCCUUGGAUGGCAGCCCCGUGGGGUCCACACACAGCCUGCGACCUCAGCCCAGCCCGCCCCCCAGCGGGGCCCCAGGGCACUUGAGUGAGAAGCAGCUUACGUCUUCAACCUCGGAUGAUCGGGUAAAAGACGAGUUCAGUGACCUUUCUGAGGGGGACUUCUCGAGUGAUGGUGAAAGUGACAGGAAGCAAAACACCCAGUCUUCUGACGAGUCCUUUGAGCUUCCCCCUGGAAAGAAGGUCUCUGGUAAGAAGAGUGAUAGCAAAGAAGCCAAGAAGUCUGAAGAACCAAAAAUUCGCAAGAAACCUGGGCCCAAACCUGGCUGGAAAAAGCAGCUCAGGUGUGAAAGGUCAGUGGGGUCAGGAGUCAGCUUGGGGCGGCGGGCUGGGCACAGGGUCCCCAUGGUGUUGGCCACACACAUCCUGCGUUCCAGGGAGGAGCUGCCCACCAUCUUCAAGUGUCCUUACCAGGGCUGCACAGCCGUGUACCGCGGAGCCGACGGCAUGAAGGUGAGCAGGCCUGCUGGGCUGCAGGCCGAGCACGCGCCUGAGCGAGGGGGUGUGUGGAGCAGCACGGCACGUGUGCCAAAUGUUUGGGUGAGGGGCCUGGGCAGACCCUUGGUGGGGGGGCACCGUCUGGUGGUGCUUGCUGACUGGUGCCUCCUGCAGAAGCACAUCAAGGAGCACCACGAGGAGGUCCGCGAGAGGCCCUGCCCCCACCCCGGCUGCAACAAGGUGUUCAUGAUUGACCGCUACCUGCAGCGCCACGUGAAGCUCAUCCACACAGAGGUGCGUAAUUACAUCUGUGAUGAGUGCGGACAAACCUUCAAGCAGCGGAAGCACCUUCUUGUCCACCAGAUGCGCCACUCGGGAGCCAAGCCCCUGCAGUGCGAGGUCUGCGGCUUCCAGUGCCGACAGCGGGCGUCCCUCAAGUACCACAUGACCAAGCACAAGGCAGAGACCGAGCUGGACUUCGCCUGUGACCAGUGCGGCCGGCGGUUUGAGAAGGCCCACAACCUCAACGUCCACAUGUCCAUGGUGCACCCACUGACGCAGACGCAGGAGCGAGCCAAAGCCCUGGAGGCAGAGCCACCCCCCAGGCUGCCGAGCCCCUCAGGAGAUGCUGCGAGCCAGGUCGUGAAGCCUGAGCCCACCUGAUUCUGGCAGCUGGGAUAGGGACGUCAAGCAGCCCAAGGAAACCAGGUGUGCAGACAUCGUUCCUAGGCAGGGUCUUUCCUCCAGGCCCAGCGUGACGGGGCAGCUGGGCUCAGCACAUGUGCAGCUGUCUCAGCCUCUCGGGCCGUCUCCGCGGGUUCAGCCGUGGAGUGACUUGGAGCCAGAGGCAGAUUUCCCCACUAAGCAAUCAAGUAUAUUUGUAAUCUUUUUAGUGUAACAAGCGCAGUGGUCAUGCUUGUAAUAAACUAUUUACAAAGUA